AUGUUGGGAGCCCUUCUCUCCCUCAUCCCCUUGCUGGGAAAUGUCCAGGCGUACUUUAUCAUGUCUCAGCGCAUCCUCGAGAUCACCCGACUUGACCCAGUCGUCAGCCCAGGUCAAAUCAGCAGUCAUGUCCAUAUCAUCUCUGGAGGAUCCAAUUUUGCCGACAGUAUGACAUACGCCUCUACCCAAGCUGGGAAAUGUACCACGGCUCCCGUUUCAGUCGAUAAAUCCAAUUAUUGGAUCCCUAUGCUUUACUAUUAUUCCCCUUCGAACCAAUCUUACCAAGCUAUCCCUGCAUCGUUCAUGAACGCUUAUUAUCUUCCUAGACCAGGUAAAAGUGGUAUAGUUCAAGCUUUCCCAGAUGGACUUCGAAUGAUUUCUGGAAAUCCUAAUCGACGUACAUUCGAUCCUACUUCCCCUGCCGAUCUCGCCAUCACUUUUGUAUGUCUUGAUUAUUCUGGACAACAUACAAACGAUCCAGAUUGGGCGCAACGCAAUAGUUUCUUCGACCAUAAUUGUCCUCAAGGUAUGAGAGCUCAAGUUAAUUUCCCAAAUUGUUGGGAUGGUAUAAACCUCGAUUCAUCCGAUCAUUCUUCUCAUAUGGCAUGGCCAUCAGGUGGUGUAGAUGGUGGUGAUUGUCCUGAUUCUCAUCCUGUUCAUUUAGUUUCACUUUUCUACGAAUUCAUUUUCAACGUUCAAAAUUUCCCAUUCAACCCAACACCAAACCCUACUUGGGUAUUCGCAAAUGGUGAUACAACAGGAUAUGGACUUCAUGCGGAUUUCAUAAACGGUUGGCCAACUUUAGUUAAUGGUACGAAUAUAUUACAACAAGCGAUAAAUGAUUGUAAUGAUGAUAAUGGUGUUGGAGGUGAAUUAUCAAAUUGUCCACCUUUCGUUCCUUUUUUAAAUCAAGAUUCUGCUUCUGCUUGUCAACCUCAAAAUCCUUUGGUCGAUGAAGAUGUUGGAAUGGGACAUUAUAUUUCGAAACUUCCUGGAAAUAAUCCUAUUUGGAUAGGAAACGGUACGAAACCUAGUAUACCUGGAUAUAAAGAAAAUUCAACUUUGACAAAUGUUACUAGUUCUUUACCUGGUGGAUGGUCUUCGGUAGGAUGUAUAGCGGAAAGUACUACAGGUAGAGCUUUAUCUGCUAAAUCUCUUUCUUCUUCUAAUAUGACUGGAGAAGUUUGUGUUUCUUGGUGUUCCAGUUUUGGUUUUCCAUUGGCCGGAGUCGAAUACGGCGACGAAUGUUAUUGCGAUACCGCUAUGAGAAACGGGGCAAGCAAUACGACCUUACUCGAUUCCGAUCAAUGUAACAUGCAAUGUCCAGGAAAUACCUACGAGAAUUGUGGUGGACCAAACCGAUUAAACCUUUACGUCAAUCCAUCACUUUUCACAUCACCUUCUCUCCCAACCGGAUGGAGUUAUACAGGUUGUAAAACCGAAGCUACGACAGGAAGAGCAUUAUCAAGUUAUUCAUUCAGUUCCGAAUCAAUGACACCGACACUUUGUAUUCAAGCUUGUCUUGCAAGGAAUUAUACAUCUGCUGGAGUUGAAUAUUCAAGAGAAUGUUAUUGUGGUAAUGUUUAUAAUCAAGGAUCUAUCAACACAACAGAAGGUGGUUGUAAUAUGGCAUGUUCUGGAGAUUCUUUAUAUACCUGUGGUGGAUCAAGUCGUUUAAGUACAUAUUCUUUCACAAAUACGAGUACACCUUCAACAAAUACGACUUCUCCAAACAACACUACAUCUCCUACCAACACUUCAACU